AUGUUGCCGCCACGUCAGCAACCAAAGUCCGGGGUCCUCCACACAUCUCUAACUCUGGUUCCAGGUGAAGCAUGUGGAUCUCCCAACAUUCAAGAACGUGGCUCAAAUUCAGACCAAAUCCGUGAUUCACCAACCGAAAGUGCAAGUUCCCGUGAAACCUGGCCCACACCCGACCCAUUAACAAUAUCCAAACCACUAGAAGCCGAACAUUCUGUCAUCCGCCAUAUAACUGACAAAAUGUCCCUUAGAGACAUUUCAAGAGAAAGAGUCGAUAUAAUCGCAGAUAGAAUGCAUCAUCUUCCCAACGAUUAUUUAGACAAGCUAAAAAACGAACUCCGUGGUCUAAUCGAAGGAAUGGGUGUUCAUCAACAAUGA